CCACAACACCGUUAACGACGAUUGUACCACAUACACACACCCACAGUAUCCAUAUUCUCGCAGUGCCACCACCUCAUCUCGUACUGGACACAUUCCCGCCUGCAUCGCCAAGGGAAACUCGAGCGUCUUGGAAUAUGCGCAGUGUGGCCGCACGAGAUGGCUGUGCUUGAGCAAUCUUGGGUCAAAGUCCAAGAAAAGACGUUUGGGAAAUGGCUGAACAACAAACUCAAAACGCGCGACCUCCAUCUUGACAACCUCGUCAGUGACCUCAGCGACGGCGUCAUCCUCAUCCACCUCCUCGAAAUCCUCUCCCAAGAAUCCCUUGGCCGAUAUGCAGCGCGACCGAAACUGCGCGUGCAGCGCUUCGAAAACGUCAACAUCGCCUUGGACUUUAUCAAGUCGAGAAAGAUUCAGCUGACCAACAUUGGAGCGGAAGAUGUCGUGGAUGGGAAUCGGAAGAUUAUCCUCGGUCUGAUCUGGACCUUGAUUCUCCGCUUCACCAUCAGCGAUAUCAAUGAUCAGGGCUUGAGCGCAAGGGAGGGGCUGUUGCUGUGGUGUCAGAGGAAGACGGCGUGUUAUGAUGAGGUAGAAGUGCGGGAUUUCUCGAGUAGUUGGAACGAUGGGUUGGCGUUUUGUGCGCUGCUGGAUAUACAUCGUCCAGAUCUGAUUGACUACGAUCAGUUGGAUAAGAGUGAUCACAAGGGGAAUAUGAAGCUGGCAUUCGAUAUCGCGAGUAAAGAGAUUGGGAUUCCCGAGCUGUUGGAUGUGGAGGAUGUGGCCGAUGUUGCCAAGCCGGAUGAGAGGUCGCUGAUGACUUAUAUCGCAUACUGGUUCCAUGCUUUCUCGCAAAUGGAGAAGGUGGAGAAUGCUGGGAGGAGAGUGGAGAAGUUUGUGAGCAAUAUGCAGGGCGCCUGGGAGAUGCAGAACAACUACGAGAGAAGGAUGAAGGCACUCCUGGCCUCGAUCGUGGCGAGGAGAGAGGAGUGGGAGAAGGCGCAGUGUGAUGGGACGUACGCGGAUGCGAAAGAGCAGAGUCGGCAGUUCACGCUAUACAAGCAAAAGAGCAAGCGAGAGUGGGUGGCCGAGAAGAGUGAACUGGCGGGCAUGCUGGGCAACAUCAAGACGAAGCUCAAUACAUACCGACUACGGCCGUACCAGCCCCCUGCUGAGCUCAGCCUGGAAGCAUUGGACGAUGCGUGGAGUGUCCUCAUGGAAGCCGAACGUACGCGAUCCCAAGUCAUCAACAACACGAUUCGCGACAUCAAGAACAACCUCCGAAAGUCGUUUGCCGACAAAGCUAACGACUUUGCCCUGGCGCUCAAAACUAUCAGCGUCAGCAUUUCCGGCCUGGAAGGCGAGGUGGAAGACCAACUCGAGCACACGUCACAAAUCUCGAGAAACCUUCCGCCCUUGGAUCAAUACCUCGAUAUCAUCGCAAGUUUGGACACACAAUGUCAGGAAGCCAAUAUUGAAGAAAACGACUACACGACAUAUACAUAUGACGAACUGGCUUACGAGCUCAGUCUGGUGCGAAGUUCGGUGCAGAAAAAACUCGCCUUUCUGGAUAACCAAAUGGUGGCGAGAGAAAUGACGAACCUGACGCCUAUUCAGCUGGAGGAAUUCGAAUCAGUCUUUCGUCACUUUGAUCGCGACUUAUCCAACAGUCUCCAGGAGCUCGAGUUCUCCGCCGCCCUGGCCUCUCUCGGUCUCGUGUACGAUGAAACGGAAAUGCACGAACGCUUUCUCGAAGUCGCUGGUCGAGGCGGAUCCGUGUCGUUUGAGCAAUUUAUCCGAUUCAUGGUCGAUGUCACCGAAGACCAAAAUACGGCCGAGCAGGUUUUCGAAUCGUUCCGAGAAGUCGCUGAUGGCAAGCCUUAUGUCACGGAAUUGGAUCUGACCCACAGUCUCAUUCCGGACGAGGUCGUCAAGGAGUUGUUGGAGAGUAUGCCUAUACACAAGGGGCCCGACCUGAAAGAGGAUCGAGAUUUGCCCAAGUAUGAUUAUGUGCAGUUCAUGGAGAGAUAUCUUGGUGGCGGUGAUGGCGGGAAGGAUGAUCCGGAUGCCAAGCAAGAGGUGAAUGGCAAGCAUUCGCAGUAUUAGGGAGCUGCCAUGCUAAGCCAUGAUGGUAGUGUUGCGAGUGAUUCUGGACUGGAUGGCGCUGUCGACACUCCGCAGAUGCGUGACAAUCCUGGGCAUGUCGUCGUAAGCAGCAGCAGCAGCAGUCCCGUUCAUCGACUUGGUGUUCCUGUCCUUUUGUCCGACGAUGAUGAUUGGAUCGGUCGAGAAAGCGGCUUGUCAUAUUUGGCAGAAGAAGAACAUCAUGCCCAUGACGAUCAAGGAGGGAGAGGAGGAGGAGCAGGAGGAGGAAGAGAAAGCACGAGACUACUAUAGGGGCGUUUGAGCGACGGUGAUUGUUGAUCAGCAAUCAUGUCGGGUAUAGGAGUGGUGUUGGUUGAGUGAGCUUGGUUCUGUCAAUUUUGGUGUUGAUUUCCAUGUGCGUUUUUCGGGGGGGGGGGGGAAAGCGUAGUAGGCAUUGCCGAAAUUGCUGCACUAGGAUCAGAAAGAAAGAGAGAGAGAAGCACUCACUGAUGAGCAAGGAAGCAAGCAGUCGUCAGUAACACGCAAAGUGUGUCAGUCAGAGCAGGAUAUCAAUAUGUCAGAUGUCAGAUGUCAGAUGUCGAAUGGUAUCAUCAUCAUCAUCAUCAUCAUCAUCAUCAAAGGGACCGGGAGUGAGUGGUAAGCGAUUGAUUGGAAAC